CGCUGUUGAGCUUCACUUCCCUCGACUAAAUGCGCUGAUGUAAUGGUGUCAUCCUGACAGCUACACUUUCAGCUAAACUAAUACGCCAUAAUUACGCUACAAAAUCAAAAACAAAUGUCGGGAGGCGUGAGAAAGAGGUUCGCUGAAGGUUAAAUUAGUCUAUAAGUGUGUAUGGGGAUGUGUUUACCCUGUCUGAGUGGAGCUGAGGAUGAUGUAGUAGAAGUCACACCAGACCCUGAGACGAGGAGAAGACAGCUAGCAGACGCUGCAGAGAAGAGACAGAAAGAGAUCACCUACAGAGGUAUCAAAAACCCAGAAGCCUUGGAGAGGAAAAAGAAGAAACAAGAAGAGACAGAGAAACAGACUAUGAAUUCUGUACCAUCUGAAGGUGGCGGGCUAAAGUGGCAGGUUGGCUAACACAGGCUGAAGUGAAGAUCACUGGUCAUUUCCCGCUGACUUGUUCUUUCGGUUCUUCUUUUGAAAUGUACACUAGCAAGGGGAGUUUGCAUAGAGACUAGAAUUUUUGUCAAGCUCCCACACAAAGCUUCUAAUCCUCCAGGCCUUCUGAUUGGCCAGAGUGCAUUCAGGCCACACCCCUUUAAAUGCCAAGCUGGGCAAGCCAUUGGAUUUCUGGGAUAGUGCUUUUAGCAAUUAAUGUUUUUUUCCCACAACUUAUUCAGUUUAUGUUUAUGCAUCAUUUCACACACGCAGCUUUUGUACCAAUGUCCUUUCUAUUUUUGACAUUGAUCAAGAACUGAGUGUCAUUUUAAUGCACGUUUAUACAACUGAAAAGCAUGUUUUAUAUUGGAUUUUGGAUCAUUUAAUACAUAUUUAGCCAUUUAUAUUUAUGCAUCAGUUACCAGUGUGUUUUGGUUGUAAGCUCAUAGUGUUUAGCGAUUUGUCAGGACUUGAAGUAUAAUAAUAAUGAAGAAUAUUGAAGGAUAUUAUGUCUGUUAGCACUUUCACUGCCUGUUGAUUGUAUGACUUGCUGUUCUUAUGAACCAAAUUGAAUGUGCAUCACUUUAUCUUAUCAGACACAUUAGUUUCUCACCCUUUCUGAAGGGCUUUGGUUGUCUUAAGUUAAGAAAAUCUUAACUUAUCACAUUAAAACUCAACAUCCAUGUGUUGGGCCGUGCAGCAGUGACUGUAGCAGACUGAGCUAUAGUGAACAGUGUGGAAUACACUUUAUCUCUAGGAACUCUGAGUGAACUCUACAUAUUGCCUUUGAUGCAUUUCUUUUAUGUUAUGCUCAUGAGUUAUUACCUCUGCCUACAGCUACUCACUCAAUGCUUGUGACAGGGAAACAGAUUUGUACCAAAUUAUCAAGUGAAAUAUCUUCCCAGGGUUCAUUCAGAAUGGGUUAUUAACAUACAGACACUGUAUAACAAUAAUACAAUACGUCAGACAAAGUUUUGCAAUGUUCAUGCUUACCAGUAGAGGGCAGUGGCACACUUUCAGAUCAGGAACUGUUUUAGAACCACAAUUGCAAGGAGGCAUUGCUUAAAUAAAGAUUGUGUUUGAUUGAACAGCCAA